AUGCGUAUUAAAAAAGUGCAACACCGGCACGUUGCCACGAGACUGUAUCAGUUAAUGCAUGUUCUCUCCUUCGUGAAUAUAAACCUGCAAGCGCAGUUUUUAUGCAAUAUUAAUGUCUUUUUUUCAGUUGAGAGGAGAAGAAGAAACGUCAUCAAUACCAGGAUAAUAGAGCUACGAAACCUUCUUCCUGACCACAUUGAUCGUGCAUCAUGUAAAAAGAAAGGUUCCAUUUUGAAGGAGUCAAUUGAGUACAUUAAACAACUGAGAGAAGACCAGAAGCGUAUUAAAUGUUUACAAGAUAGGAUAUAUGAAACUGAGAUCACAAUCUUUCAAUUGGUGGAUAAAUUUGAGCAACUGGAGUCACAAAUAUCGAACAAUAUUACAAAAAAUGAAGACAACGAAGCGAUAAUAUCGGGGACAUCAGAACAGUCCGAUGUCGUUACAGUCUAUGCCGAAGAUGACAACGUGUGUGAACAGGAAUCACAAUCAUCGCGAUCUGAAAUAGCGCGACCCGAACAAGUUGGGCAUGAUUUGAAUCAAAUAUGGGUUGACAUAUCAACAGCACUGACAUCUGUUUCAACAAUGUCUUACCCAAUUUGUUCAGAUAUCGAAAAUGGAGCAAUGAUUUAUUGCCAAAUGGCUUAGCAAUGAUUCAGUCCGAAACAACAAGCUCAUACAACACUUUAAGUGGAAAAAUAAAACUGAAUUCAAUGAUAAACAAUCUGCUAAAUGACUUCACGUGUACCUAAUACCAACUUGAACAGAAUGGUUA